UUUCUAGUCUAGUUUAGGCUUAUUUAUUACGAGAAACACACAUGUGAAGCGACUGCCUCAACAAGAUUUUUCUCCAGAUCAUGGCCUUGCAAGUACUAGAACCUUGGUUUCCACUGCUCUUAGUCCAGCUUGUUGUACAGUUUAUCAUCCCAUCUCUACUAUCUCUCACUCCCAGACCUUGUUUGGUCCUGUAUAUACGCGCAUUACCUAAUAAUCGGGAUCAGUCAAUUCAAUAGCGUAACUCUCUAUCAACUAAAGCUAGCCUGGUGCAAUGCAAUUCUCCGAGCUACAGCCGACUGCAUCUCCAUCCCCGGUGGUUCUAAUCAUCAGGUGGGCAUCUAAGCUGUCAAUUGAGUUUUUUCCGUCGUCUGAAUGUGAUGUUUACAUCAUCACGAACCCCAAGUCAUUUCUCUCCUACAUUCAAAAAUUGGUAGAGCCAGUGGAAGACUUGAGCAUUGUCACGAUCUUUAGUGGCCUUGAGAACUUGGUGGAAGCUUUGAAGUUCUUGGCUCAGUUUACGUCCAAUGAAUCCAAAUACCGGACCAUUUAUGAAAACAACUGUCGUCAUCACUCGAAAGCCUACAGACUGGAGGAGUCUGAGCUCCCCUUAGUCAUGUCAGAAGGUCAAUAUGAUCUCCCACUAGCAUUUAACUUGUCUAUUAUAUUAGAUUCCAAAGAUCUAGACGACCACUUGGCUGCCAAAAGUGUUGUGUUACAGCAGUACUUGAGACUCAUUGCUCUUAAGCAUGGUGGUCUGCUUUUAUCACUCCAAGACUUAUCAGAAGUAUUGAAAACUCCUCAAAAGUUGUUUCAAUUCAACCCACAAGCCAAACCCAUUUACGAUUCAUCCCAAACAGUGGAACAGGACGGUAUAGAUGUGGUACUUAAUAUUCCUAGCGGGUGGGAUUCGUGGACUAAGAUUAUAUUACUCGCAAAAUCAGCAAUAUUCCAGGAUAACCCAAGUUUAAUGUUAGACGAAAAGUCUUUGAGAGAAGCAAACAAGACUUAUGAUGACUAUUUUGAAGCGGACGGUAAUUUAGAGACCUUGAUGGAAAAAGUCUACGGCAAAAUCAAAGUUCAGGAACCAAAGAAGCUACAAGACACAUUACAGUUCAAUGACAUGCUCGUACAAGCUUCGAUGUAAUCUGACCGAGCACUGAACUUUCUGUUCAUCUAAAGAUUGAGAAAUGAUAGCUAACCGACUCAAUUUCUUAUAUCUUUCCCAAAGCUUUGUAAGCAAACAAGGCGAAUGCUUAGAGAGCGCACAACUUAUUACUAGGAAUAGCAAUAAAUCCAACCAUCAGAUAUCAUCACUAGGCUUCAAAUCGGUCCCUAGGCCUGCAUAC